AUAAAUGCCCAACGGCGUAGUCAGUAGUUCGGGCCGUUAUCAGAAAUGAGGUCACAACCGAUAUGCGAAACGCCGCCGUUUUACUGCGUUUGCAGUUUCACGACUACAGUACUUUGUCCUGGACACAACACCGAUGAAUCUGCUGCUCUGAGAAACACCGGAGUCAAUGGAUUCUCCGUCAUUGAAGACGUGAAAGCGGUCGUGGAGGAAAUAUGCCCCGUAGUAGUCUCAUACGCUGAUAUAGUUGCAUUGGCGGCUCGUGACGCCGUCUUCUUGUCCAACGGCCCAAUCUUUGAGGUUCCCAAUGGUCGACGUGAUGGCCGCGUCUUGAAAGCGAAGGACGCCGCAAACUUGCCCGACUCUGAAGACAGUAUCCAAACCCUCAAAGACAAAUUCGGCGAGAAAGGAUUGACUGAAAAGGACUUGGUCAAUGUCAAGAUCAUGUUGGACUGGAAUGGCGAGUUUUAGUUCGACGCACACAUUUUCACGAACUUCAAAGUUGGUCGAGCCGUUAUAUUAUCGGACCUUGUCGUAUACCAAAAUUAAAAAAUUUUGUUUAUG